AUGAAGAACCUCUCCACCAUUCUCCUCCUCACGGUUUUAAUCACCUGCAGCGCCACCACCACCGUCCGAUCCGACGCCUCCGAUCACCGCUACAAUGAAAACGACGUCGUCCCCCUCUACGCCAAUAAGGUCGGCCCCUUCCACAACCCCAGUGAGACCUAUCGCUAUUUUGAUCUGCCAUUUUGCUCGCCAGGUGAUGUGAAGGAGAAGAAGGAAGCUCUCGGGGAGGUGCUGAAUGGGGAUCGUCUUGUGAGUGCUCCUUACAAGCUUGAGUUCCGGAAAGAGAAAGACACUGAAGUUGCUUGUAGAAGGAAGCUGACCAAGGAGGAAGUUGCGGAGUUUCGAAAGGCUGUGGAAAAGGAUUACUACUUUCAAAUGUAUUAUGACGACUUGCCCAUCUGGGGGUUCUUAGGAAAGGUUGACAAGGAAGGGAAAACUGACCCAAGUGAAUACAAAUAUUUCCUGUACAAGCAUAUCCAGUUUGAAAUUCUCUACAAUAAGGACCGUGUGAUUGAAAUUGGUGCCAAGAUGGAUCCUCAUUCAGUCGUGGACUUGACAGAGGACAAGGACGUUGAUGCAGAUUUCAUGUAUGCCCAAGAUGAGGAAGCAGCUGAUGACCAAGAAGAGACAGGAUGGAAGUACAUUCAUGGUGAUGUUUUCCGAUUUCCCAAGUACAAAUCGUUGUUUUCUGCCGCCCAUGGGUCUGGAACCCAGUUAUUCACCCUCACAGUGUUCAUUUUUAUGCUUGCACUGGUCGGUGUGUUUUAUCCAUACAACCGAGGAGCUCUAUUCACUGCUCUUGUGGUCAUAUACGCACUCACAUCUGGCAUUGCGGGAUAUACUUCAACCGCUUUCUACUGUCAGCUUGAAGGGACAAAUUGGGUCAGAAAUUUAUUACUUACUGGGUGCCUUUUUUGUGGGCCUCUGUUCCUGACAUUCUGCUUCCUUAACACAGUUGCAAUUGCUUAUAGUGCAACUGCUGCUCUUCCUUUUGGUACUAUUGUGGUAAUUGUUCUUAUCUGGACAUUGGUAACUGCACCGUUGCUUGUCUUGGGUGGUAUUGCUGGGAAGAACAGUAAGGCUGAGUUCCAUGCUCCUUGUCGCACCACAAAGUAUCCUCGAGAAAUUCCAACUCUGCCAUGGUACAGGACAACUGUUCCUCAGAUGGCAAUGGCAGGAUUUCUCCCUUUCAGUGCUAUAUACAUUGAACUUUACUACAUAUUUGCCAGUGUCUGGGGUCACAGGAUUUACACCAUCUACAGCAUUCUGUUUAUUGUUUUUCUUAUUCUUCUGAUUGUCACUGCCUUUAUAACUGUGGCCUUGACCUACUUCCAACUUGCUGCUGAAGAUCACGAGUGGUGGUGGAGGUCUUUUCUUUGCGGUGGAUCAACUGGCCUAUUUAUCUAUGGUUACUGCUUGUAUUACUACUAUGCAAGAUCAGAUAUGUCUGGUUUCAUGCAGACAUCGUUCUUCUUUGGUUACAUGGCCUGCAUUUGCUAUGGUUUCUUUCUCAUGCUUGGAACUGUUGGAUUUCGUGCUGCUUUGUUCUUUGUUCGUCACAUUUACAAGUCCAUCAAGUGUGAAUAGCGGGGUAGCUGGAUCUUUUUGGUGAAUGGUCCUUGUUCUUCAUUUAAAACAUGGGGGGAAAAGUCUAUGAUUUUUGGUAGAGGUAGAUGGUAGAAGCCUUCAGAAGCAACAGAGGACUCAAGGUUUCCUAUAUUAAAAGGUGUUUUGAACCCUUUGUAUGGCGCUUGCUUCAGGCUUUGGGAAGAUGUGGUGCUCCUGAACUCUUCUUCACUAGUAGUGUAUCUAUAUGACACGGGAAUAACUUGUAUUAACCACAUUUUACCUUACUUUCUGAAGGUGACUUUUUCCUAUGUACUCCUUAUGACCUUAUUUAUCUAGCUAUUUAACUU